ACACACUGAAAGCUAAGAGAAAAAUAGUAGUUACUCUUUCACCGUUAAAUCGACUCGACGGAAAUCCGUUCCAAACACAAGACGAGUGCAAUAGUUAAAUGUGAUAUUAGAAUAUAGUUUAGAAAAAUGCUACUAAAUCGUGGAAAGUGUUUUGUUGCUGGCCUCACUGGAAAUUUACACAACUAACACCGCCAUCUGUUCGAUGCCUCGUGAAAGCCCAACGAAAGGUGAAGGUGUAGGUGGGAGAAGCGGGACAGAUUCUAGCUAAAUUUAAUACACGCACGUUAGCGAAAUGCUAAAUUUAGGCAGUGCCAAAGUGGCCGCUUUGGAGGAGUCCCCUCCGCUUUCUACGAACGAUGAAAGCUUCCAACUGCUGGAGCGGAGUCCGCCCGCCGUCCCUCUGGAGCCCCCUUUCACCACCCCCCUUGCGCCCUUCGAUAUGGAGCUGAUGAAGCGUACCGGGCUCCACGAACGGCUAGUGGCAAAGGAAAGCAUCUGGGGGGGAACGCAGCGCUUCGUGGACCAAGAGAGAUCAGCGUCGCGUGAAUCACUCAGUUCCGCUGAUAAGAGAGCCAGGUUUGCGGAAAGCAACGCCUCAACACUCCAACUGCAAGACGCUGACGGCCCCCAGGCCAAUGGCAAGAAGCCCACUGGGGAAAGGACCAACCCAUCGAAUCUCUCCACCCCCCUCCUGCCAAUGGCUGAGCCGGGCUCGGUGAAAGGCAACGGAAGCAACGGCCUUUACGAUGAUCGCGAGUGCAGCUGUCCGAGGGAGUUCUACCAGCGGGGCGAGAUCAACACCUCGCUGUUCUUCGAGGACUGCAUACGGUCCAUUGACUUUGUGCUGGCCUACAGGAUUAACCCCCAUGAACCGACGGAGACGGAGAACACGGAGAAGCGGCGGGUCUUCGAGGCGAAUCUCGCAAGCCAGGGUCUGGAGGUGGAGGCCAGCCAGAAGGAUCAAAUCUGCUUCGUGAAGAUCCAUGCUCCUUUAGAGGUCCUGCGCCGCUAUGCAGAGAUACUUAAACUGCGUAUGCCUAUGAAGGAGAUUCCAGGCAUGUCCGUGGUCAAUCGCUCAACAAAAAGCAUAUUUUCUAGUCUCAAAACCGUUUUCCAAUUCUUCCUGCGCUAUAUCUAUGUGGAUGAAAACGUUUUUCCCAAAAGAGCCCAUCGUUUCACCGCCAUUUACAGUCGCGACAAGGAGUACCUCUUUGACAUCCGGCAGGACUGCUUUUUUACCACUGCCGUUCGCUCCCGCAUCGUAGAGUUUAUCCUGGACCGCCAGCGGUUUCCUGCCAAGAAUCAGCAUGACAUGGCCUUUGGCAUAGAGCGGCUGAUAGCCGAAGGUGUCUAUUGCGCUGCCUAUCCUUUGCAUGAUGGCGAAAUAAAAGAGACAGGUACCAUGAGAGCCCUGCUGUACAAACAUUGGGCGUGCGUACAUAAAUGGUAUCGCUAUCAGCCCUUGGAUGACAUCAAGGAAUACUUUGGCGUUAAAAUUGGUCUGUACUUUGCCUGGCUGGGUUACUACACAUACAUGCUGCUACUGGCCUCGAUAGUGGGUGUAAUCUGCUUCCUAUACUCCUGGUUCUCCCUUAAGAACUAUGUGCCUGUCAAAGAUAUCUGUCUGCGUGGUAAUACAAAUAUUACAAUGUGCCCGCUCUGUGAUUGGUGCAACUUCUGGGACCUGAAAGAGACCUGCAACUAUGCCAAAGUCACUUACCUCAUUGACAAUCCCAGCACCGUGUUUUUUGCGGUAUUCAUGUCCUUUUGGGCCACCCUGUUCUUGGAGCUGUGGAAGCGCUACUCAGCUGAGAUCACGCAUCGCUGGGAUCUCACGGGCUUUGAUGUGCAUGAGGAGCACCCGAGGCCGCAGUACUUGGCCCGCUUGGAGCACAUACCGCCUACUAGGGUGGACUAUGUGACGAACAUUAAAGAGCCCACGGUUCCCUUUUGGCGGAUGAAGCUACCGGCCACUGUUUUUAGCUUUUCGGUGGUUCUGCUGCUGAUAGCCUUGGCCUUUGUUGCCCUGCUGGCCGUGGUGGUUUACCGCAUGUCCAUGCUGGCGGCUCUUAAAGUGGGCGCCAGUCCCAUGACCACAUCGAGUGCCAUUGUCCUGGCCACUGCAUCGGCGGCCUUUGUGAACUUGUGUCUGCUCUACAUACUUAAUUAUAUGUACAAUCAUCUGGCCGAGUACCUUACGGAGCUGGAAAUGUGGCGCACGCAAACGCAGUUCGACGACUCCCUUACCCUCAAGAUUUACCUGCUGCAGUUCGUCAACUACUAUGCCUCCAUCUUCUACAUAGCCUUUUUCAAGGGGAAAUUCGUUGGGCACCCUGGGCAGUAUAAUAAGCUGUUUGACUACCGCCAGGAGGAGUGCUCUUCUGGCGGCUGCCUAACCGAGCUGUGCAUCCAACUGGCCAUUAUCAUGGUGGGCAAGCAGGCAUUCAACACCAUCUUGGAGGUGUACCUGCCCAUGUUUUGGCGAAAAGUCUUGGCCAUUCAAGUGGGUCUGUCGCGUCUGUUUAACAACACGCCGAAUCCCGAUAAGGCGAAGGAUGAGCGCUGGAUGCGCGACUUCAAGCUACUGGACUGGGGUGCUCGCGGCCUGUUUCCCGAGUAUCUGGAGAUGGUCUUGCAGUAUGGAUUUGUGACUAUCUUCGUAGCGGCUUUUCCGCUGGCGCCGUUUUUUGCGCUUCUGAAUAAUAUCCUGGAGAUGCGACUGGAUGCCAAGAAACUGCUAACGCACCACAAGCGCCCUGUGUCGCAGCGAGUUCGGGAUAUUGGCGUGUGGUACAGGAUACUGGACUGCAUAGGAAAGCUAAGCGUUAUCACAAAUGGCUUUAUCAUAGCCUUCACUUCGGACAUGAUCCCGCGUUUGGUGUAUCGCAAUUAUGUUUCAAAGGAUGGCACUCUGAAUGGCUACUUGGAUUUCACUCUGUCCGAGUUUAAAGUCUCUGAUUCACCCACCUUGAACAGCUUGGCUGGAGAUCUCACUAACAUAACCACAUGCAGAUACACGGACUUCCGAUUGCCACCCUCGUCACCCGAAAAGUACAAUUUGAGCAGCAUGUUCUACAUCAUAUUGGCCUGCCGAUUGGGCUUCGUGGUGGUCUUCGAGAACUUUGUGGCGCUGGUGAUGAUUCUAGUGCGUUGGUGUAUCCCAGACAUGAGUGUGGAGCUGCGGGAUCAAAUCCGACGAGAAGUCUAUGUUACUAAUGAAAUUAUCAUCGAGCAGGAGGCGCAUCGAGCUCGUUUCGAGCGUGCCAAGCGCAGCAGUUCGGUGCUUCAGACGCCAGUGGACCAGGACUUGGAUGCCGCCUCCAUACAGGAGCCCAAUGCCAAGUUUAUCAAUAUUGAAAAGCUGCUUACUGAGAAUCUCACACAAAUUGAAAUGGAUGCGAUUAUUCACGGCGAAAACCCAAUAACAGGCAUCUCCGGUACCGAUUGUUAGGGCACAAAAUGCUCACUGACCAUGGAUACAUAAAUCUUCUAGUUCUAAGCUCGUUCUCAAAGUGAUUCAUUGUGUUACGGAUGUUCCUUCAGUCACUUAAUUAGGCCUUAGUUAUGACUCAUUUAUGGAAAUUGAUUUAUUUAUUGCAAUUGUAUUGCAAUUUGGUUAUUAGCUUUACUCGAGUCUCCCUCUUUUAUGAAAGUAACGUAACCUUUGCUAGGUUAUCCUUUUUUUUUUAAUUUCUAAAGGGAAAUGCUUUAUCGGAGACUAAGUUUUUAUAAUUAUGUAUUAAUGCAGCCCAAGCGAGUGCCAAUCGACAAACGAGCACAAUUAUUGUAACUGUACAACUAGUGAAUAUCACCAACUUUGAAACCUUGACGAAACUCACUUAUUGUUAAAAGAUAAACUCAGGCUCUCACACGACUCGAAAGUGAACAUUUAUUUUAGAUAGUGUUACACACACCUAUACAUAUACAUAAAUAUUUAUUGCAUUCAUUGAAUUGUAUGUAUAUUGAUGUUGAUAUACUGAAAUCUCUAUUUAAUGUUGAAAAAAAUUAUAUUGUAAUAAAGAAAAAGCUACGAAUUGGUGGACUAUAA